AUCUUAAGACACUAUAUCCGGGAUUUUUGUAAGUUAUCGAUGUUUUAGAACGUGGUCAGUUCUUCUUUUGUCGACUAUUUACAGAUUGUACUUUUAAAACUAAAAAGUAGGAAACACAAAACAAAAAUUUAAAAAAAAAAAAAAAAAAAAAAAAAAAAAAAAAAAAAAAAAAAAAAAAAAAAAAAAAAACAAAAAAAAAAAAAAAAAAAAAAAAAAAAAAAAAAAAAAAAAAAAAAAAAAAAAAAAAAAAAAAAAAGCUUUCUUUAAACGACGAGUUGAAUGAAUUAAAGGGUAGAAAAUAAUGUUCAAUUUCUUAAAAUCGAUUAUGAAAAAAAAAUAUAUAUAAGCCUAUUAUUAUUAUCAUUUUUUUUUUGUUGGCAUGUGAGGAUUGUGUAGACUUCGCAGGACGAAAUCCGCAAGGCCUGGGAUUAUUCUUCUAGGAUUAUAAGCUUGUUCCCAACAACAAAUCGCCUCUGUCCACGCCACUGGAUAACGCCAGGGAGCAUCAUAUGGAUGAUACAGCUUGGCACCAGGGUAUAAUUUCUAAUUUUUAAUUCAUUUAAACUUGACUUUUAAAAGAAAGUCUUUUUUUUUUAAAAAAGUUUUUAAAAUAUUUUUUUAGAGUAGUAAUGAGCAAACGGCUAUAUAAAUGCUAAAAAGUUUAUAAAAAGCAUUGAAUCAGAUUGUUCUCAAAACUAAGAAUAAUAUUCCCAACUAUGCCUGGACAUCGACAUCUUAACCCCAUUUGAUCAAACUGACCCAUGCGAUUUUACUCAUGUUAAUAGCACCCUCUCCCUUGACUUUGAUAGCAUCUGAAGUAUGACUAAUCGGUUACAUGUUUCCCUCAGAUCAAUUCUCAUUUAAAGAAAAAAAAAAUAUCAAUCAAAAACCUACGCUUAAGUGAGAUAGAGAUUAUUAUUUUUAGAGAUUAGAUUAGAGGUCUAUUUUGAUAUCUUUGGAAUUAAAAAGAACCACGAACAGCCACAACAGCAACAACAGCAGCAGCAACAACAGCAACAACAACAGCAGCAACAACAGCAGCAGCAACAACAGCAACAACGGCAACAACAACAGCAGCAGCAACAACAGCAACAACGGUGACAACAACAGCAGCAGCAACAACAGCAACAAUGGCAACAACAACAGCAGCAGCAACAACAACAACAACGGCCUGAUUUCUUUGUUAUUUUAUAUUUUUGUUAUUUUUAUAUCAACACAUCCCGAUAUGAAAAGGCUGAAAAAAAACCUGCAACCUUUACAUGCAUAUAAAGAAUAGGUGGUCGUUUAAAAAAAAAAAAAAUUAAGAAACAGGACAAACUUUGUCCCAUAAAUUAUCCCAGAGCUGAUAGAAGUAAAAUGAAUACAAAGGUUUUCAAAAAUUAUAUAUUUAAGUGUAGAAGAGUUGAAUAUCAGAACUAUUUUUUAUAGCUUUUAGCAGACCACACGGUCUACCAGUUCUAAAGGAUUAAGUGCCAGCGACGUAAGUUUUCAAUGUUUAUCUUUAUAAUAUAUACGUAUUUUAUUUGAUGAUUUUUUAUACGUAAUUUUUAUUUUGAUUGAAUUCUGCGGAAUGAGAUAGGGGCUCUAAGGCCCACUUUCCCGACGUGGGGCCCACUCCCCACAAGGGGGGGGGAUUUGAUUGUUUAGGGGGGCAAUUCAAAAAAAUGAGCUGUCUAGAUUUUGAAAAGAAAAUCGUCUGAUGAUACCGUUGGGUUAAAAUACGAAGGAGAAGGCUUGUACCGUAACUUAGUUAAGGUUAAGAGCUUUAUCAAUUGGUGCGAUGCAAAUUUUCUCCAGCUGAAUGUCUAAACAAUAAAGGAAAUGGUUGUCGAUUUCAGGAGGGGGGAAACACCAGAUUAGAGAUCUCAACAUUACAAAAUCAAAGUGUAGAGAAAGUAGAGGCAUAUAACUUAUAAGUAGUUAGGUGUCACCAUUAAUAAUAAGCUAACAUGGCAUUAGCACGGCCAAAUGCUGCAUAAGAAAUUCAACCAAAGACUGUUCUACCUCAAAAAGCUAUACAAUUUCGUCGUAAACAAACAAGUCGUUAACUUAAUUCUACAGUGCAACAAUUGGAAGCCUACUUAAUUUCAGUAUUACCUGCUGGUGUGGGAAUUCAACGUCUGAUAUUAAACACCAAAUAAACCGACUAAUCAAGAAAGCUAGAGACAUAACAUAAACUAAACAUCCUUCACUGGAAGAACUAUUCGAAGAAAUAAGUUUUUUUUGUAAAACUAAACACAUUUUUGAUGAUACAUCCCACCCUCUUCAUCACAGAUACUUAGGAUCAGCAAGUUUGGGACGAAUUCUUUCCUCCAGGGCGAGGACUGAAAGAUAUACAAAUUCUUUUGUUCCCGAAUCUGUACAAAUUUACCAGCGUGCUCCCCCUGAAGUCACAAAUCUUAAUAAGAACUAAUAAUUCCCUGAUAUGGCUUAGAGAACUCUCUGAAUGGCUUUUUUUUUUCCUUUCUAGUGAAAUAAUUUGUUAUUAUAAAUGUCUUGUGUUCAAAUUGUUUUAUUUAUGUACUGAAAAUGUGCAAUGCAAUCAUAAAACAUUUCCAUUCAUUUGGAUCAAUAAAAGAAUCUUAUCUUAUUUUAUCUUAUCUUAUGUGAUUUAACUUGUAUUUUAAAAGGAGAAUAAUUAAAGUCUUAAUUCAAAAUAAGCGUUCAUGAAAAGUGUUGUAAAAAUCAUUUCAGCUUCUUCAGUGAACAACCCUAUUUUUGAAUAUUAAACAUUAUUAUAUAAUACAUUGUGGGGGGGGGGGGCAUAAGAAUAAUUGUAAAAAGGCUUAGGUGGGGACUGGCACAAAAAGGUUGGAAAACACUGCAUUCAAAAUAAGCGUUCAUGAAAAGUGUUGUAAAAAUCAUUUCAGCUUCUUCAGUGAACAACCCUAUUUUUGAAUAUUAAACAUUAUUAUAUAAUACAUUGUGGGGGGGGGGGGCAUUAGAAUAAUUGUAGAAAGGCUUAGGUGGGGCAUGGCACAAAAAGGUUGGCAAACACUGCUAUAAGAUUUGGUUUGAAUUAGCAGUAAAAAAAUAUUCUCUAUACAAACUAUUCUAGUUUGAGAAGCAUAAUUCAAUUGGAUUGAUGGACAUGAAAAAUUCAAGUUUAAAAAUUUUUUUUUACAAAUGCGACAAUGCUAAAAUGAAGUUUUUUACACAGCUUAGUCUAAAAGGAGGAAUUAAAUCAAUCGAAAUUAUUCGGAUGCGCCCAUUGCUAAUUGUGUAAAUCUCAUUAUUGAAAUUGAAUAGGAAGUGAAAAAGAAGAUUUACUGAAAUUGGGAUGGGUUUAAACACAAUGUGCUGUGGAGAGAAAAUUAUUUCAACUAUUUUAUCUUAGGUUAUUUAAAUAAGAAAUGUGUUACUUAAAAUGAAUCAUAACUACAUGCUUGCUUUUUUGUUAUUUUAUUUACGCCAAUUCUAGAUUCACAUUUCUAGAUCCAAGACUCAGUAAUAUGGGCGUCACAAUGACCUUCACCCCUUCGCUGUGGUUGACGUUGGCAGUUUUAAUGGGAACAUCUGCAGCACUAACAAGUGUCAGUUUGAAAUCUACCAACGGCGCUCUCGACCCUCGCGGUGAAGUUGUUCAUGAAUGGACCACACUGGAAUACGAUUGGCCCUCUGACGACGUGAAGGCCGAUUACAUCAAACGAGGCUGGUACGAACCCAACAAAAGCCACCUCUCGGGGAUCGACGUGUACAACGAUGAAGUCUACGUCACGGCUCUUCGAAUGACGCCCGAGGUGCCUUCGGGGCUCAACAAGGUGGUGGUGAAGAACGGGAGGUCUUUACUGCAGCCGUUCCCUAGCCUUGCUGCGAACGAGCUGGGGAAGUGCGAGAGUCUGCAGUCGCCCUUCGCCAGCCAGACCGACCCCAAUACGGGGCUGAUGUACGUCUUAGACGUAGGGAGAACCUGGAGGGGUCCACCAAACCCGUAUGCACCCUGUCCGCCGAAACUGGUGGUCUUUGAUCUAAAAAAUCAGGGAGCGCUCGUCAGAAAACACGAAUUUCUGGAAAGUCUGGUGCCGAAGAACGUCAGCAUCCUCAACGACCUUGUCCUGGACUACAUCACUAGAAAAGACCAGGAGGUCAAGUACAUUUACAUAACGGAUAUCGGAAGCGUUCAGAUCAUCGUAUUUGACCUCGAGACCAACAGCUCAUGGUCGUUCAAGCAUGAAUCUAUGCAGACGGACGAGGACCGUGUCAUGGCCAUAAAUGGCGUCAACUACACUCAGUUGGGGUAUCCUGUGGACGGCAUUGCCAUUGACCCUGAUUUCCUGUCCGUCUAUUAUUGUCCGAUCGGUGGUAGGAAACUCUUUCAGAUCCCCACAUCUGUUCUUAGAGAUCCUGACGGAGAUUUCGCUGGCAGUGUCCGCUUACUUGGCAAGAAGAUUUCAAAUUCUGACGGACUUGCAUCUGGUCAGUCGAGUAUUUUUUACGGGGCCUUGACAUUGAACGCUGUGUAUAAGUAAGUAUAUCGUAUCGUACCAAAUGAAAUGUGUUCAUGAAAAGAAUUCAAUUGUAUAUUGAACUCAUUUUUAAAUAUCUUAAGUCACAUUAUAUUACUUUGAAUUAUUCGUUUUGUAAACAUGUUAAGCAUAGUUUUACUGCAUAGUUCAUAUAUGUGUGUAGUUGUUGUUUUUCGAAGCAAAGGAUGAGGAGGGGGGGGGGGCUACUUUGGUGUGUUUUGUUUUGUUUACCAAGUAAAUUAGUUUCCAUUUCCCUGAUCAGUUGAAUAACUCUAGCGUUACGAAUACUUCAACGUUAUUCAUGUCCUAAUACAUUAGAAACUACUCACUGCUAAGUAAUUCGCAUAUUCAAAGCUCAUCUGCCAUUAUUUUUUUUUUCUUUCCAAUGUUAGGGCUCCCUAAUAAGCCAGUGUAAAGAACCAUGAUCGAUAAAUGAAAACACGAUAUUUUUAAACCAUUUUUUCCCUCCACACUCACUGCCCUCCAAAUCACUUUUUUUUUUCCUUCCAUCGACGCAAAAUUUGUUACAAAAUGUAGUCGCCUUAAUAAUAAACUGUCGCAAAGACGCACACCUUCCACUCUAGACGAUUCACGUCAAUUUUAUAUAUGGAUCAUCCCUUGCUUUAACUUAAUCGUAUACAGGUAUAUUAUCUUGCGGUCAUUAUACAUUUGAAAUAAAGUUGUUUUUCCUCAAGAAAAUGUUUUAAGGAUUGCAAGGAAUGCAAUUAAAAAAAAAAAAAAAAAAAACUCUUUGGUUCUCUUCUAGGUGGGAGCACCUCAAAGAUCGGGAAGACCAGAAGGUCGCGGAGGGCGGCGUGACCCUCGUGACCCAGACCGAGAUCGUUCAGAACGUGACCACAUACAGUUUUGUGGAUAGUCUGAAGGUGGACGACAAGGGCUACCUGUGGUUCACGUCCAACAGGGCCCAGCUCUACUUCUCGGACACCAUGGACUUCAGCGGGGCGAGUGGGAGUAACUUCAGGGUGUGCCGGGUCUACGUCGGCGAGUACUCCUAUUUGUGGAAGGGUCCCGCUGCUGUGGUCGGUUAAAAGCUUGAACUGAAAUCCUCCCCGUGACGAAAUCUAAACGGAAAGAACUUCCAAACGGACCCAAGUUUAAGUCAGCUUGACCCCAAUCUCUUUUUGUCUAUUUAUGGUACCUAAGCCGUCAUCUCCAUUUGUAUUUAUGGCAAAAUAUUUUCUUAUGAAAUUCCCACAAAUCUACUUUUCGGAUCAAACCUCUGAGUAUCAGUGUUAAAUUGUUUAAAAUCUAAAAGUUGCUUGUUUAUAUUGUAUAAACAUUUACGUUCGGGUUUUAUAUCUAACGGUUGUGCAUAUAGUUAUAUGCAAAAUAAAUUGAUUUUAACAAAAUU